AUGAACAAGUUCUUGGCCAAAGCGAUCAUCGCCCUCGGUGCAUCUGAGGCAGUGCGCGCAGCAUGCACGAACCCGUCUGUCCGAAAGUCUUGGUCUGCCUUGACUGAUGGCGAGAAGACUUCGUACAUAAGCUCGACGCUUUGCUUGAUGGAUGCUGCCCAGGCCCCUGCCAAGACCGGGUACGCGGGCUCCACGACUGUCUGGGAGGAGCUCCAAGCUGCCCAUGUGUCUCAAGCUCAGUUCAUCCACUCCGUCGGGGCUUUCCUGCCGUGGCACCGUUGGUACAUGACUGUCCAGGAGACCCUUCUCCGCAAUGAGUGUGGCUACACUGGACCGAUGCCGUACUGGGACGAGCAAGCAGAACAGGCCGAAGGCCCGCUGGAGAGCGCCAGUAUUCUGAACGGCAGCGCCACAGCUGGCUUCGGUUCCACCACUCUCGACGAGAACGGCUGCGUCACUGACGGCCCUUACACCAACGUCAGACUGACUCUCGAUACCGAGCUGAACCGCGUGGAGCCCGUGUGCCUGAGCCGCCUCUUUAAGCAGAACCAGUACGAGCAGACUGCCCAGAAGAUCAUCGACGCUUGCUUGGCCUUGGACAACUACGUGGACUUCAACAACUGCCUGGGCGCCUCCCCUCAUACCGGCGGACACUACGCCAUUGGCGGCACUAUGGAUGACCCCUCUCUCUCCCCUGGAGACCCGCUGUUCUUCCUCCACCACACCAACCUGGACCGUAUCUGGUGGCAGUGGCAGGCUCAGAACGAGUCGCGCUUGACCGACAUUGGUGGUAACAACGUCGCUGAGGGAUUCUUCUGGUCCAGCGUCCAGCCUUCUUCUCUCGGCGUCAAUGCUUUCCUGCCUUACUUCAACGACAACGGCAACACCACCACGCUUGACCACGUUUUGUGGAUGGCUGGCAUUGCUGAGAACAUCACUAUUGCCGAGGUCAUGGAUGUCAACAGCGACGCCAUCUGCAUAGAGUACCAGUAA